AUGAACCUCCCCGCAAGGCCGACAACUCUGCCCCUUUUAGGUAAGGUCCACAACCUCAUCUUCUCCUCCUCCAAACUCCACCACACCCUCCAUCGAUUAGCUCUGAAGCAUAACCCACUCUUUCUGCUCAAGCUCGGCCAAUUCUCCAUCGGCGUAGUCUCUCCCGAACUCGCUAAGGAAAUACUCAAGGACCACGACAUCACCAUCGAUGAGAGAGCUCCCCUGUUUUUCCCGCCCUCACCUUCUACGACUGCUCCGACGUCCUAUUCACCCCCUAUGGGGACUAUUGGUGCCAGGUCCGCAAGAUCUUCCAUAUGGAGCUCCUGA